UGUUUUGACUUUCAAUUCCAAAUUGUAUAGGUUUCUAAAUUUUCAAAAACAAAAAAAAAAAAAAAAGAUAGAAAAAAACUCAAAAAGAAGCAAAAGACAUGGCGUGGUGCUUCCGCGACAUUCGGCGCCACAUGUGCAUGCUGGUGCGUCAGAACUUCGCCAAAAGUUGCGAGAAGAAGCUAAACGAUCAGAUCAACAUGGAGUUGAAGGCAUCCCACCAGUAUCUGGCCAUGGCCUACCAUUUCGAUCGCUCCGAUAUCAGUUCACCCGGAAUGCAUCGAUUCUUCCUAAAGGCGAGCGUCGAGGAGCGGGAGCACGCGGAGAAGAUCAUGACGUACAUGAACAAGCGUGGUGGUCUAAUCAUUUUGAGCAGUGUACCACAGCCGUUGCCCUGUUUCGCCAGCACCUUGGAUGCACUAAAGCACGCAAUGAAAAUGGAACUGGAGGUCAAUAAGCAUCUGCUCGAUUUGCACGCCCUGGCUGGCAAGGAAGCGGAUCCGAAUCUCUGCGAUUUCAUCGAGGCCAAUUUCCUGCAGGAGCAAGUGGAUGGCCAGAAGAUUCUGGCCGACUAUAUUAGCCAAUUGGAGAAGGCACAAAACCAGGUGGGCGAAUUCCUGUUCGACAAGUAUAUGGGCAGCGGCAUGCAUCCUGCGAAAUGAAUACCUCAAAAUGGACAACCAUCCGAUGAAGAAUACGUAUUAUAAUUGGCAAACCCAUGUGUGUUCAGUAAAGAUUCGUUUUUUGGCCGAUC